UAUUUACUUAUAAGAUACAUUACUGUCUUUUUAUAUCAAGGAAGAUAUAUUUAGUUUGUUUCUUUACUAUGGCAACAGAGGGGCGGAAAUACGCUAAAUCAAAAGUUACAUCGAUAUUUGAUGUUGUGUAGUGAACAAGUGGAGACAAUGCAGUAAUUUCAAUCAGAUGUAAAAAUCUUGACUUUCAUAAAUUUUGAUUCCAUCAACAAAAAAUUUUAAAGCAUACAGGUUUCAUGCGCAGAUAAUAACGCUUAAGUAGCAUGUAAAAAGAAAAAGAUGUUCAAAAAGAAGAAACGUGGAGGUGACAAAGAGAAGAAAGUACGGAAGAAGUGUUUAAACGAACGAGAAACGCUAUCUUACGAACAACAAAUUCUAGACAACAAUAGACAACUGUCACGGCUACGCAGUCGAAAUGAUGAGCUUGAAAUCGAGGUAAAGAAUUUGACGAAGAAGUAUGAGCAAUUAAAAGAGGAUCGAUCUGACGUCGUGGCGCAUUUAAAACGGGACUUGGAGGGAAAAAUAGAAGAGGCUCGCGAACUGAACGAACGUUUAUUAGCCAUGGAAGAAUUAAGAAAGCAGGAGCAAGCAGAGUAUAAAAAGAAGGAAAAUGCGAAGGAACAAGAGUACCGUACUAUGGAAAGUAAUUUGAGCGCUGAAGUAAAACUUGCAGCUGGAAAGCUAAAUGCGUUGGAAGAUUGGAGAUUAGCUCGCUUGGAUUUAAUGCGCAAGUUUGAGGUACAAGAGGAAGAAAUGGCGAAACAAGAUGAAUUGCACAAAACAACGCUCUAUGAAACUGAGAAAUCAGUCAUUGUUGCUAAGGCUAAAAUGCAAAAAGAAAUGGAGGAACGAUUAAGACAGCUCGCUCAGGAAUUCAAAGAAGCGACGAAUAUUCGCAUAGCGGACAUGAUGCAUAAUGCAGUCAGAAGAAACAUCGCGUUGAAUCACGAGCUGAAUUCGAUGUUAAAGGUUUGCCAGGAUCUGGAAACGAAGAGCGCGGAAUGCAAAGAAACUGAUCGUGCGCUCAAAUUGCAAUGCGAAUUACUCGAAGACGAAGCCAAAAUAGCGCAGGAAGAUGCAUUAAAGUACAGACAUGUGAUGCAUGAGCUUGCUCAGGGGUACGUGGACACUGUCCUCGAACACGGUCGACUGCGACGUGAGAAUAUGAGGCUCGGCAAUUACGAGCAAAUAAUCAGCGAAUACAAGGCAAGAUGCGUGGAGUCGGAAGAGAAAGUGAAGGUCCUCGAGCGACGUUUGCAGGAGACCAAACAGGCCCGAGAAGAAGUCCUGAUGGAAGUGCGAAAGAAGUGCGAGGAAUCCAAUGAAUUGAACAAGAUCCUGAACGAAGCCAAACAAAGUAUCCUGGAAGCAUUAGAGUGUAACACAGAAUAUAAUACACACACAUAUUAUACUUAUGUUUGUGUUACGCUGGAUGAGUGUACACUAGCUAUCAUGGAAGGUAAAGGAAAGGGAGAGAACCUCGCAGGAUUGCCAGCCGCAGUUUUGAACGACGAUCUGGAGUUUUGGAUGACUCGGUUUCCGGCGCCACUCAAAAAUAUACCCAUAAUACAUCUGGCUAUACCCGGUUCUCAUGAUACAAUGACUUAUACGGUCGAGAGACGCAACGAUGUGGGGCCAGACGAAUCUGCCUUCAUUCGAACGCUCAGCCGCUACUGUUCGUUCGUUGCCAAGCCCAUUAUUUAUAAUUGGUCUGUUACACAACACGAUGAUAUCAAGCAACAGCUCAAUGGCGGAAUCCGAUAUUUAGAUCUGCGCGUGGCCACGAAGCGGGGAACUAAUAAUAUAUACUUCCUUCACGGACUGUAUGGUGCGGAAAUCAGCAAGCCACUUCUCGACGUGAUCGACUGGCUUAGCUCACAUGCGAGCGAGGUCAUUAUCUUGGAUUUUCAGCAUUUCUAUGACUUCAAGGAACAGGAUCAUCACCGUCUCGUAGACAAAAUAACUCAAAUCUUCCGUGGAAAAUUAUGUCCAGUCUCAUCCAGAUUCGAUCACCUAACGCUGCAAUGGCUAGUCUUAAAGAGAUACCAGGUGUUCGUAAUUUACAGGAACGUUUAUGCGCGCAAUUACGCGAAUUUAUGGCCAUCCGGUCUCUGGCGUACCGUGUGGCCCAAUACUGUCCGUGCGGACGAAUUGAUUGAAUUUUUGAAUAUUGAACUACAAAGCAGAUCGUUGGACAUUGCAUUCAUAUCGCAAUGCCUCCUGACGCCGGAUAUACCCUACGUCAUGAAACAUUUGUGUGGUACUCUGCAAAGAGAUCUAGUGUCUGGCUGCCAAAGAACAAUUCUUUCCUGGAUAAAUCAGAAAUAUCCUGGCCGUGGUGGACUUAACAUAGUCAUAGCGGAUUUUGUGUCGGAUAGCAAUUUUAUUUUUUCCAAAACGGUUAUUCAGAGUAAUACAAAACUUUUGCACAGUUAAUUUAAUUUUCUUCUUCUACUUUAAAAUAUAAAUAACAUAUAAUAUAG